CGUGGAGAGCCGCGCAGGGGUGCUAGUAGCCUCCCUAUUACCUUGCACGGAGGAUUCCCAGAAUGGGUGGAAAGCUGGAGACCUGGCUGGCCGGGUAAUGCCACCAUUCGUUUCCAGUUAAUGCAUCUCAGGGACUGAGUUCCCCUCCUUUGAUGACCAAGGAGCUUCGGGGAAUGGAAGCCCAAACAAACUCUGUCCUUGGAAUGACUGGCAACAUGAGUAAUCAACUUGCUUGGAGUAAACAGGUUGCUGUUAAUGGAAAGACUAAAAAGGAGCAUGAAACAUCUCAAUCACUUGUUGCUUUUAAGAAUGCAAUGGAAGCAAAAGAAAGGACAAAUGAUGUCCGGUGGGACUUGGAUGUACAAACUCUGAUUUCUUCUGCUAAAUGGCUUCAACUUUAUGGACUCAAGAAGAACAAGAUGACUUUUUCUCAGAUUUUUUCCCAAAUUGGAUUCCAGCACAAAGAAGACUAUGUCUCCGUCUUGGGAAAAAUUGUGGCUUCACGAUAUGCAGAUGGUCUGUACCAUCAGUACAGGGCUGUAUCUGAUGGCAAGGUCUAUAAUUUGACAGCCAAAAAGAGUCUUCUUCUUAAUUUUGCAAAUCGUCUAACUGGAAUGAUUGAACUAUACAAACAAAGAAUGGACUGGUUAACUUCUGAAAGUCGACAGGUCUUUGGAGUAAUACAGGAACAGAAUAUCUCCAUUGUUCUGGAUUUUGGAACUGCUUCUUUAAGUGAGUUCAAUCUCUGUCGAGAAGCACUUUCUAUGGUCUUAAAGCAGCAAGUCACCCAAAUUGAGAAAUUUAACUUAAUCCGGGUGGCUCAGGAUCUUGUGCCAUGGCAAGAGAAACCUGUUUUUGCUACCAAGAACUCUAUAGAAGAUGCCACUGAGUGGCUCUGGACACUGGAAUACCUACCAGCUGUUUGUCACACUGGAUCUACAGAAGCAAUCUUGGAGGCACUGUUUGAUCAUACGACAGAAGCCGUAUACUAUUUUGUCGUGGGUGAUAUACCAGAAUGCGCAAAGUACUUGCUCGUACAGAAGAUCUCAAGAAGUUUAUGUCCAAUCCAUACCAUAUCUUUCAACGCUAGAGAAGAAGAAACAGUUGCUUUCUUAAAGGAUCUGAGUCAGCUAACCACCGGCAGGUUCCAUGCAUUUGCUGAGAGGACAGAUGAAGUGCUUGUGAUAGGCCCUUCACUCAGUAAGAAUGAGAAAGCUACCCUGAAUUCAAGAAGGCUGAAAGGAAGACUCCCUUUAGGAACUGGUGUCAGAGAAGAUGUCUACCUGAUUUGGAGGGAACUAGAGGAAGCCAAGAAUAUCUUAACUCAGAUAGAGAAAAUUCUUAUAGAAUUUGAGAAGUCUAAAAGUGUGGCAGCAGAAGAAAUGGAUAAAACAGAAUAUGAGCCAGAAGUAAAAGAUUUUGUGAAUUCCAGAGAGUGGCUUCAGAAGAAUGGCUUGAAAGCCCAGAAUCUGACCAUACCUAGAGCUUUUUCUGAUUGUGCUUUCCGUCAUGUAAAUGGAGUUGUAGAUAUAAAAACCAAGCCAGAAGAUGAAUCUCUUCAGACAAAUGCUGAGACAAAUAAAAAGGUAAUCCAUGCCAAAUACUGCAGCAAUUUUAUACAUACAGUCUUGGAAGAUGGGUCUAUAAUUCAUUUACAUUUGAAUAAAGAAAGAUGCAAGGAGUUUGAAAAUAAAGUGAAGAAUGCUCUUCAUCAGAUGGAAGAAAGAAUUCAGGACCUUAAGAAAGGAAGCCGAGCUCUCUUUGGAGAUGUCACAGAAGACCACAUCUGUAUUCUCAUUGAUGUGUCUCAGUCUAUGAUAUACAAACUGCCUGUGGUGAAGGAGAAGAUAUAUCAGCUCAUAAGAAGAAAUCAUUCAACAGAUGAUUUCUUACAGGAACAGUUUCAAAACAAAACCAGGUUUAACUUUGUUAAAUUUGAUGCUGAAGCAAUAGCCUGGAAAGACAGACUUGCUGAAGUUAAUGAAGAAAAUAUAGAAGAUGCUAUACUUUGGAUAAAACAACUUCAGGUUGGGACUACUACAAACAUACUGAAAGCACUUCAGAUUGCCUUUGCUGAUCGUGACACUCAAGCCAUUUAUCUUCUUACUGAUGGGAGACCUGAUCAGCACCCCAAUAGAAUUUUAGAUGAACUCAAACUUUGGCGGAACAUUCCAGUUCACACUAUAUCAUUUAACUGUGAUGAUACUGGAGCCAAUCAAUUUUUGCACGAGCUUGCCAGCAGCACAGGUGGACGAUUUCACUACUACCAUAUUUGUCUGACAGAUCCUGAUUCCCCCAAACCUUUUGAGUGUGAGGAUAUAUAUUUGGUUAGAAGAGAGAUAGAACGAGGAGAAAAACAACUGAACACAGUACAAUCCUUUUACACUGGCAGCGAUUUGAUGGAUUUGUUUAAUGGAGCAAAAAACCUUCACGAUAAACAACCCAGGCAGACUUUUGCUACAAUCCCAGUAACCAUACAAGUUGAGGGACAGAACCCCUCAUCUCGAGCUAGGCCCUAUUCUGCCUUUGAAGAACCUGCAUCAGCUUCAUCAGAGCCCGGUAUGGCAUUCUCUGAGAGUCCAACCACAAAGAAGAGAGUUUUAUAUGCAGAGCCAACAAAGAGUAGCAUGCUUAGAACUCAACGUUACACAGCCAAGCCUCCUGAAAAAUGUCAAGAUGGAAAAGCUUCAGCUGAAAGAAAAGAACAGAAGAGCCCAAAACUUGAACAAAAGAUAAAGGACGAAUCUUUGGAUAUCCCUUCAGCUCAAUGGCUAAAGAUUCACGGUUUGGCUGCUAAGAGACUUACCAUAAUGGAUGCCUUAUCCCCAACAGCAGUUUCUCGUACAACUACUUAUGUUCCAAUUUUAGAUAAACAUGUUGUUUCCAAAGUAUUUGAUGAUAUAUUCCCUUUCGCCCAUGUGAGCAGUGAUAAGAAAUGUGUCACCCUGCUUAAUCCUCAAGCAGUAGAUCUUGAUGCCUACAGAAAGAAGGUGCAAGAAGCAAUAAAAGUGUAUGAAAGGCGCCUUGAUCAAAUUGUUUGGAAAGCAUUACCACAGAAGGAAAAAGAGAAAUUUGGACAGACUGAGCCAGUGUCCUAUGUGGACUGUAAAGAAUCUUUACUCGUAGCCUUAGCCAAUGCAAAUUGGCCUAUUGCCAAUCAGGACCUUCUGAUGUUGGAAGAUGAGAUUCUAACAGCAUUAACAUACCUGCAGCAGGCUUCUGAUCUUGAAAUAGCAUCCAAAGAGGAACCCCAGAGAAUUUGCCCACUCCACAUCUGUCCCACUAAAGAGGCAAAGAAACCAAAAACAAAAAUAUUCGAUUAUCUCAAAGGCCAAAAUGUCAUUGCAAGAUCAGAAUGCACAGGAUUUUAUUACCCAGGAACAGUGGUGAAGAGCAUCACAUCAUUUUAUGCACUUGUUGAUUUUGUUAAUGGGCAGACUGAGAUUGUCCCCUUGAAGUUCAUUUUGUUUAUUGGCGGUGCAACACCUUGUCCACCCUUGCAAGUUGGAGAUUAUGUAUUCACCAGAAUAAGGAAGCCGUCAGGUGAAGAGUAUUAUGUCCCUGGUGUGGUCAUAGCAAUACCAAAUAAAGCUGAUUUAGAUGAUAAACUCUACACAGUUUUGAAAUACAACAAUAAAAAGGAUCAUUGUGUACGAAACGGGCUUAUUAAAAUUAGUCAUAGAAGGUACACUUGUUCCUGCUGCUACAUCAACAUGACCAAGAUGAUGGAUUACCUCAUACCAAAUGUAAAGGUUCCGAAGCACAUCCAUAGGAUAGUCGCAGAUGCCGAGAGACAGAAAAAAUCUAUUUCUGUAGGAGGGGAUUGGAAGAAGAAGACGAAGAAGAAGGACAGAGGAAGAGUUAACAGCAAAACGGAGCGUUGUAAAGAAUGGAACACGACUGUCUGUGAUGAGAUGUUUGGCCCCAGAAGUAAAAGAAGAGGAAAUAGCUCAUCACCCUCUUUUCGUCGCAAAAAAGAAAAUACAGGUAGUCCUCAACUUAUGACCUCAAUUGAGCCUAAAAUUUCUGUUGCUAAGCAAGACAUUUGUUAAGUGAAUUUUGCCCCAUUUUACAACCUUCCUUGCCAUGGCUGUUAAGUGAAUCAUACAGUUGUUAAGUUAGUAACAUGAUUGUUAAGUGAAUCUGGCUUCCCAUUUGACUUUGUUUCUCAGAAAGUCAGAAAAGGUGAUCACAUGACCAUGGGACACUGCAACCGUCAUAUAUACGAGUCAGUUGCCAAGCAUUUGAAUUUUGAACAUAUGACCAUGGGAAUGCUGCAACGGUCAUAUAUGUGAAAAAUGGUCGUAAGUCAACUUUUUUCAGUGCGUUGUAACCUCAAAUGGUCACUAAAUAAACUGUUAUAAGUCGAAGACUACCUGUAUUAACUUCAGUUUACACAUAAUGUGCGCAAGGCUUCCAUCGUCCUUGUUUCACUGCUUAUCACAUGCCUUGUUCAAAAAGCCUCUUUGAAAUGUUGUGAUUUUUUUUCCCUCCACUGGUUUUGGAAAUAUUUCUUAUCUCUUGCUGAGAGAUGCUGUGUACUCCCUUGAACUCCAAAUAACUUUUCAGAAUCAUAUCAGAAACACCGCACAAAAAUUCUGGAUAUAAAUAAAAUGAAUAUAAUGAUAUAAUAAAUAUUAUACUAACAUCCAGAGAUAUUUCCUUACCAGAUUCCACAAUGCCUCAGUUGUACAGCCUUCACUGGGAAAAUUGGAAUACAUUCAAAGAUGUAUCUGAAUGUACAGCACAGUCAAACAUCAGCAUAGGGAAAUGUUUUAUGACAUUUUGUAUUACAUCAUAAAUUGUUUUAUUAUAAUGUUUAUGUCAUCAAACGUUUUGUAAAAUUGCCGAAUUUCAAUUCCAUGGGAGUCCUGGAUACCAGAUUUUGGACACAUUCUGUCAGCCCAUUUGAGGCAGCUUGGUUCAAAAAUCUUUGCUCUAGGAUGCAACAUUAUGCCCAAGUUACAGGAACAAGAGUUUUAGUGGUAUAUAGAUAAUUCUGUACUACAUUUAAUUUUAGCCAGACACACAUCUAAUGAUGUCCUUUUUAAAUCUCAUUGUCAUUCAUUCCUUUAUAUGGACAUCCCUUGAAUGGUUUAGUAAAUAAUCAUAUUUUUUAAAAUUAUCCCACUCUGAUUGGCCUUUACAUUUAUUUUUAAAAUACUUAUUCUUAAAAAAACAUGGAAUGCAAUAUAUCACAUUUCAAUUUUACUAAUUUCAGAUUUCCUUGAUUCAUACUUCUCACAGUCCAUGUUACAAUGGUUUGUGCCCUGUUAAAUGAGAAACUUUUAUUUCAGUACUGGCCCCAUCAGUGAUCUGAUGCCAUUCUGGCUUUGCCUUGACCACCUCAUGAUCUCAAAGUCUAUUUAUGAUAGUUUGAUGCUUUUCUUCAGUAAUUAAAUGAGUGACCUUUAAGUUGAUAUCAUCACCUGGUACCCAACCUGUCUAAAAGUUAGGCUUAUGCUCCUGCCAGCAGCACUCUUGAGAUCAUUGAUCUGAUAGGAGGGCUCAGAAAUCUCAAAGUACAGGUAGUCCUCAACUUACGACCACAAUUGAACCCAACAUUUCUGUUGCUAAGCGAGACAUUUGUUAAGUGAGUUUUGCCCCAUUUUACGACUUUUCUUGUCAAACUAAAUGACUUAGUUUGUACAUAAUCUCAGAAAAAUCAAAGUUUCUAGAACAAGUUGUAGUCAUCACAUUAUGUCUGGGUUUACUUUUCACACUAAGCCAAAAUGCACUUACCACAUUAGCUUUAGUGCAGUGUUCAAAUCAAAUUAUCGUAAACCAUGGAUAAUGGUUUAUGUCUUGCAUGAAGAAUGAGCCCAAUCUUUUGCAAUGUAUUCCAUUUGAAGUAGACAAGUAAUUUUUAAUAGUUGUAUGGUUUAAUGUAGGAACUACUCAGAGUUAUUAUGCUGCAGAAUGAUAGCACCUGACUCAUAAUAAAUAUUCAUUUUUAGUUUUGCAUGUUUUGUAGAACUGCAGAAGUUAGUAAAUCUUCUAUUACUAUUCUACUAGUACUAUUCUAAAUAGUAAAUUCUGAAAUGAAUGAAUUAGUAUUGAAAUUUUCUGUCUUGAUGGAAUGUGUGCACCUUACAUUUACUAGAGUCUAUCCAUCUCUUGUCUAAAUUAUAAUCUUGUUGACUUCAUAUUAUAUUACUAUAUUUUUUCUUGGUCUUUAGUUGCAUUAACUUUACUUCCCUUUAUUGAUACAAUGUUUUCUUGAGUCUUUUAUUGUAUAUUGUAAGAAUCAUAACACAUGACAACAAUAAAACACAACGUGUUUAUAAAACAUUCUUAA